ACCAGCGCUUCUGACGAUUAUUUACUGUGCACUGUACCCGUAUUUAUUGAUGGACUGUCUUGUAGAUUGUAUUGUACUGUCGCUGUAAUGAAUGUAUCAGGUAUUCGUUCUAUCAAACAUGAAGAACUUGACUUCGAAUCUGAAGAGACUAUUGGCAGUAUUGGCUCGUCAGCAGAGGUUUUUAAAGCCUGUUGGAGGACAGAUGAUAAGAGAAAGAUUAAAGUUGCAGUCAAAAUAUAUAAAAAAAACAGACAAGAGAUAGAGAUAAAUAUUCUCCAAGAUCUUGACCAUAAAAAUGUAAUCAAGUUUUAUGGUCAGUAUGACAGAUUUCCGUCAUUUGGUCUUGUCAUGGAAUUGGCAACUCAAGGUGAUUUGUUCGCCUAUUUAGCUGCUAAGAGACACGAACAUACCGAACCAGCAUCCCCAGUGCGAUUGCCAGAAUCUCAGUUUGCUCAAUGGUGUUGCCAAGCUGCUUCUGCUGUUCAGUACCUACACAGCAAAAAUAUCACUCAUAAAGACAUUAAGUCAAUGAAUUAUUUGUUAAGCGAUGAUAUCGAAAAUUCGCUCAAUGUACUGAAACUUUGUGAUUUUGGUCUUUCAAAGCAGGGGAAAAAUUCAGAAUCAUUGUUGACAAGUUAUGGAGGAUUCACAAAAUCAUGGGCGCCCAUUGAGGUUUUCAGGGAUGCCAGGGUAGUGUCUCAAAAGUCAGAUAUAUACUCUUUGUGUGUUGUUGUUUGGGAAUUAUGGACGUGUGAACAACCAUGGGCAGGUAUGCAGGAUGGCGAUAUCACGAAUAAUAUAAUGAAUGGCGUGUUACUCUCUAUUCCGGAAGAUUUUCCGAAGGCAUUAAAGCCAAUGAUAGACAGAUGCUGGCAAAAUGAGAGAGAACGACGGUGUCACAUAGACGAAGUGCUGUGUUAUCUGGAAGAGUUUGCUCUGACAUUAAAGGGCAAUGAAAACGGAAACGAAUGCUCAGAUGAAACUUACAUGAAGGAUCUGAGAUUUAACAGAAAAACUACAACGCAAGGUGACUUCGAUGUUUUGGCAAGUCUUAAAAAAUUAUUGCACGACUUUAAACAUGAAGGAAGUGAAGAUACUCAAUACGAACACUCUGAUGGUGAAUACGAAAAGAUUGAAGACAAAUCAACGUAUUCUCAGAUUGGCAAUGAAGCUGCCAAUGACUAUUCAGUACCUUUUGUACAACAAUUCUUAUCAAAUACUACAAUCAACCUACCUCCAAAACCCAUAUUAAAAAGAAAAACAAACCAGGACGUUAAAGAAAAUGUAAUACACAGCCAGGACGAAGUAGUGUCAGACAGUUCGGAUGACUACGUUGUACAACAAUUCUCAUCAAAUACUACAAUCAACCUACCUCCAAAACCCAUAUUGGAAAGAAAAACAAACCAGGACGUUAAAGAAAAUGUAAUACACAGCCAGGACGAAGUAGUGUCAGACAGUUCGGAUGACUACGAAGAAAUUGAAGUUUGGCAAAAAACAUCGGAGAAGGAAUUAGCGACAGUUCUAGAUCAUGUCAAAAGCAGUGCGUAUGAUUUGCUUCAAGUUAAAACAAAUAUUACUAGUAAUAUACUGUUGAACAAGUUAUUAACCAAUGGCGAAAGACGACAUCUCUUCACUAAUAUUAAUGACGUCGAACAAUUUAUGUCAAGAUUUGAUUGUGAACUAAAAUGUUGCGAAGAGCAACGCUAUCGAAUUGUUAACCUCAUCAAACGUAUUGUUUCUAGCGACGACAUUCAACCUUUGGUAAAUUUCUCUGUGUUUUCUAAAAUUCGCAUGAAUAUGUUGGAAUUUAUAAGGCUUCGUCGAAAAAAGAUAGUGGACACUAUCGAAUGCCCAGUGGAUGAAGAUGAGUUUCAAAUGCAAAUGACAUUUGCUAACUUUCGCAGUAUACUUAUUGAGCAAGCUAACUGGUUGAAACGCUUUCACAGUAAUUUGAAGAAUUUUCGAAUAGCGCUUAUCAAUGAGAAAUCUGAAGCCAACAUUGUUCGCGUAGUUGAUGAAUGUUGUGAUAAUCUAGAAGUAGUUGUCGAACAAUGCGAUUUACUUGAAGAUACUUUUCUGAAAAGAAACGAGAUACAUUGCACUGCAAUUCUUCGUAAUUUACAGUUUACUCGGAUUGAUGAAGAGAAGAAAAGAAUGCAGGAAUCAUUAAUAACCGAAGAAGGUUGGGCAAAAACAAUUCUCAACAUUCUUCUGCUUGAAAAUGGCAAAAGGAAACCUUAUAAUGAGACAAGUGCAAAAAUGAUAGUUUUUGUAUCAACAGUCCUCAUUGUAAAGGAAAAUGGCUAUUGUUUUGAAGUCAUUGAUGUCAUACCGAAGAAGAAUAUCAGAUUCCAAGUGCAUCCUAGCUCGUUACCACCAUGGCUUAUUACAUCAACAAAAUGUAUACACAGUCUAACAAAACGUAAUACGGAUUCAAAAAUCCCUUCAAUUGCAUAUUGGUUUUGUAUAGAAGAUAUGAAUGACAGAAUGGAAUCUGUAAAAUUGACAAGCUUGUUUGAUUUGAUAGAAGAAGAAAUUACAGCACAAAUGAUGGAGUAUAGUAAGUAUAAAAACUCAAAGAGAUACACACAAGAUGUGUCUAAGAGACAGCUACAAAACAACUCGACUUAA